AGGCCCCUAUUAGGGAUGAAGCCUAUAAAAAGCACUGUAUACGUUUGUAUACGGAUGUAGAGUCUGUAGAUCACGACCCUCUGAGUGCUCCUUUUAUAAAAGUAUAUUAUUUUUUUACAAUUUGAUACGAGUCUUAGUGGUAUCCAUCUGAUUGGGUACCGGCCCACCGGACAUUUGCCCUAACGCCCAUAUAGCCAGUCCGCCCCUAAGGGGUUCCACAAAAAUUCUUCCCCGGGCCCUUCAUAUACCUAAACCCGGCCCUGUUUUAGGAAGUGGCUGUGCCUAAUAGCUGUUGAAAUCCGGAGCCCUGGUUGCAAUUCAUCUUGAUGUGACUAAACAGAUGUGCACGGAAGUAAAUAACUGUAUUAUGCUUUGUAGAGCGUGACGACAACACAUCAGACUAUUCAAUAUGUCCAAACAUGUGGUUGCCUUUCACUUCACAGAAAUUGCAUUUUUACAUAGUGUAUAGGAUAUCAGGGGCCAAUGCUUUGGGAGUCGUCUUAUAGCUGCAGUUACAUAAGUCGUCAUAUGUUAUAAAGCUUAAAGGAUUACAAAAGGCAGAUUUCAUGGCUUUACUUCCACGAUACAUCAUUCAUUAUUUGAUGCUGGUUCCUGCGACGCUCAUAAUAGUUUUGUUCUCUAUGUUGGAGAAAAGGAAAUAUAGACCCGGUAUUUGUGGAGGACGUCCAGCGUGUAUUAUUCCUAUUCCGUUGCUUGAUGGCUAUGAGAAUCGACUUGCUUAUGCUGUGGCGUUAGGAAGCUCAAUCAAUAUCAUUAUCUUGGUGAUUUUCAUGCCUGGCAAUGCCUUAGGAUUUGAAAUGUCUACCUGGUUUAAAGUUCUGUACAUUUUGAUGCAAGUGUUGAUAGCAUGUCUGCUGUGUCUGCCCUUCUUUAUAUGCAUCAGUACCAGGCACAGAGCAGUGGGAGCCGUGGUAAACAUAUUCUACUGUGCUACAUGGUUCGGAAUUAACGUUGCAGAGUGCAUUGAAAAAAAUAAUCUAAAAGAGUUAUCGGCAGGCAUGCAAGCAGUGAUCGUUCUAAUGGCACUCCCGAAUUUUGUUUUUCUGCUGUCUCUUAUAAUGUACUGCACGUCCAUGUUGUACAGAUGUUAUAAAAACAAAUCAUUUGUCCACCAGUAUAUUGCUGGAACUGCAAAGUCUCACCAAGUGGAUCAUGUUCGAUGGGUGUUUAAAAAAUCUAAGGACUCUGUCUAUCAAGCAUCGUUGUUGAAGACCCAACAGAAGUCAUUUGUUGGUCAAAUGAAUACGAGUAGAGUCCUAAAAUUUGUUGCUGUCUUGACAUUUUUCAAGUACCCAACAAAGAUUGUCUGUAUCAUUUUAGUUCAACUGGUAGCGACUUACAUGUUGUCAUUAUUGAUUAUCAGCCCUUUUAUUUGGAUCAAUGAAAUAAUUGAUACUAAACUUUUUAGUAAUGAAACAAAGCAAGCUUCAUUCUUCAUAGAUGUAAACAUUGUUCUGAGAAUACCACCAAAUAACAGUGAGGAAGUCAAAGUAAUCAAUUCUCAAAUUGAGAUAGCAGAGAAUUCAAGUUUAGUAAUAAGCAUUCAAGUUUGUUAUGGAUUCGCUCUUGCUAUUACGAUUUUGCAAACUUUGUUUAACAUUGGGAUGUUUGUAAAGAAUUACAGAUAUCACAUGCUGAAGUUGUAUCAAGGAGAUAAACAUUUCAUUCGUGAUUUCACAUUCUCAUCAUGUUCUAACUUGGCAUCCAGUGUAGGCUGUGCUGGCUACUUACUUAUUUUUACAGUUUGGAGUUUUUUCCUAACACUGAUUGCUAUACUGCUCAUUUUAUCUAUUGGUGGGCUAAUCAUCUUCCCUUUCUUGGACAACAUUACGUCGCUCGUAGAAAAAGUAGCAAUUAUACUUAGCGUCCCAAUACUUGGGUUGAUCUUCUAUUAUGCGAUGUAUUUCUCGGCUAAAUUCUUUCUCCUUCAUCGGAAAAUUCAUACAAGUGACAAAGACCUUCCGUUACUGGUAGAUAACAGAAAAGUGUUUGAAUUUCUGAAUUAUUUAUUUCUGUAUUUUGGCAUGACAUCUGGCAUUUUCUCGUGUCUACGGAGAUUUAUUUUUUCGGCACUUUUUGGUUAUUUUGCACUUGGUCGACUUGACAAAUCAAUUUAUUCCAGGGAUCUGCAAAAAUUCGAUGGAGCGUAUGGUACCUAUGUUGCUAUGCUUCGUGUUGACAAUGCACACAAUAAUCCUUCCAUGAGACUAUUUGCACAUCUUUUGUGGAGUGGCGUUUUGGUUACUAGGCUACGUGAUUCUGGUGGAAAUAAUAAAGAGAUUACACACCUGACAAAUACAUUGAAUCACACAAAGAAUGGUCCUGGUUCUAUAAGGGGUCCUGCUGCUAUUUGCAAUGUAUGUGAUGUCGUUGAUCAAAAGUCACGCCAGGCAAGAACAAGAUGGUUCCUGGCUUACACGUUAAUCAGGAACCCACAACUUAGAGCUGACAGAAGAGAUGGAAAAUGCGUUCCUAACCAUGAAGACAACUUGGAAGGAAUAAAUCUACACUUUCUGAACCAUCAAUUCGACUAUAGCACUCUCGCUUAAAUAGAGAAUUGAGUUGAGAACAUUUGACAGUACAUGUAAUAGUUGCAAACGUACUGCACAUUUAUACAUCGAUAUUGCUUCUACUCGGCUAUGCUUCCAUUGUAUGUGCAUUGCAUAGUUUAUGUUUAAUAUUGAACAUACCACAAAGACACACCCAAACACAGACACACACAGAGAUAAAGAUAUGUAUUUAUAUUGCCUUGUGUUUUUAGUGUUAAAACGUAAUUAAAUUUUACUGCAUUUAAUAAGUGUUUGAUCUUAUAGGUAUUUUCUUGUUGAUAGAGUUUAAUAUCAAAUUCCUAAUCAAAUUUCAAAAUUUGGCACACGUAUUUCUUGGUCAAGGGUAUCCUGGUAUGGCGUGCCUGACAGUCAGUCCAUCAUCUCGGUGUUACCAGGUUCAUACCCUGUCCGCUGCCUUCCCCCGUCAUCCAGAGGGAGGUUUGGACUAGGAAGUAGAAUUUCUUCAACUAGUAGACCCGCUUGGAGGCGCGGUGGCUGAGCGGUAAAGCUGGGGUCCGGGUUUCGAAUCCUGGUGAAGACUGGGAUUUUUUAUUUCCGGAUCUUCGGGCGCCUCUGAGUCCACCCAGCUCUAAUGGGUACCUGACAUUAGUUGGGAAAAAGUAAAGGCGGUUGCUCGUUGUGCUGGCUACAUGACACCCUCGUUAACCGUAGGCCACAGAAACAGAUGACCUUUACAUCAUCUGCCCUAUAGACCACAAGGUCUGAACUUUACUUCUUUUAUUUUAGUAGACCCGAUUACGCCGCUAUUUCGUGACGGGUGAACACUUCCUGAAAGACACAGUUGUCCAAAUGGUGUGGGUUUGGGUAAACGACUGCUCGCCACCAUAAACGCCGGAAGUAUUCAUGUAGGCAGCGUAUUUUCGAGCAGAGUAUAUGACUGUGAUUCCGUGAGUAAGAACAACGGACAGGGCGUCGCCAUAGUUAUCCCAAUGUUCGCAAACAAAGCUUACAGCCAUCUUCGAGAGCAACAGUUUCGUCGAUGAGAUUUUUCCAGAAAUAUGCGACUGAUAGAAAUAAACAGGAAUGCAGGAAUUUCGACUACAUUGAAAGACCACGAAAUAUAUGUGAAGCGGUGGCCAUGGUUAGGAGACGAAGGGCAAUACAAAGAGGCAAAAUCAAAACAAAGCUACAGAAAUAAACAUGCAACUAUUUUAAUGACACCAGAUACCAAAUAAAUGUAGACAAUAUAGAAUGCCUAUUCUCACCCCCACACACACACACACAUACCCUCUUUUUUUCUGAGCCAUGCUCUCUGUCGCCGCAAAAGUUAAGUGGGAUAACUCAGUCCGAGUUGCAAAAAUAAAAGAAUUAUCUUUCCAUGACUUUUCGUGGUGUCCCGCGGUGUUGGGCGACGAAGAGAAUAAUAUAUAUAGAGAAAGAUUUUGAAGGAAUAUCCGAAACAUGCAAAACAAAGAAAUAAUUUCUUAUUAUAGACUCUCUCUAAAUAAAUCUCUUAAGUGAAGAUCCUUUCCUACGCUUAGCAAUUCUUAAAUAUUGAAUACGGUUAGAAUCGUCUGCAAAUUGUAGACCCCCAUUUACUUCAUUGAUAGUAAAAUCUGAUAUAUAGAUUUAGAUUAGCUCUCACCGUGUCCGUGAACCGAAUAGAAAUUAGGGUCUGCGCAAUAUGUUCGAUUUGUAGGGCUUCUAAGACUGCUAAUAAACUCAUCAAAAAAAUUAUUGUUAAUUAUAACAAUGUACGUCGAAAACAAAACAAAAAAAAAUAAAGUAAAUACAUUUGAUUUCAAAGCUGCAAAAGACAUAUAUUCUUUUUUUUAAACUAUACAUGGUGGCGCUACUUAAGAUCAUGCUAGAUUUUCUGCAGCCUAUGUUUAAUGUUUAUUCCUCUCUUACUCUCUAAUGCAGUGAUGCCCAAAAACCUGCCCGCGGGUCAGAUUCGGCCUGUGGUUUCCCCUCCCAAUAAAAUAUUUCACAGUUCAAUCUAUUUUCCUACCAGUCGCAGGGAUCCAUAAAUAUCGUAAAUAUAGGAGAAUUCAAGCUGCAGCCUAGGCUGUGAAAAACUAAAGCAAACUACAAUUAUCAAACUUCUCCCCCAUUAGAACAUUUCACAGAUUGAUCUUUUUUUUUCUACCAAAUGCUGGCUUCUUCAAUAAAGUACAAUGAAUAGCAGAUUACAUAUUUAAAACAGAUUACGUAUUUGACUUGCACUUUUUUUUUUUUGCUAGAAGAAUAUCACUAUAUUGCACUGUCUGUAGACACCCCAGAAAAUGUAUUUUUGGAGUUCGGAAGGCAGGAAAAACAUUUGACGCUUCCCAGACCGCCUAGCUGUCAAUUAAAGGAGGUGGAUGUAAUGUUACUCCAGAUAAAUGAGUGUGGUGUGUAAAAAAAAAACGGAAUUUUACCCCCCACCCCCACCCCGAAAAAUCCUAACUCCGCCUUUGCUUUGAGCUACUUUGUAAAUUUGUGUAUCUGAUAGCUAUAGACUAUAGACUAUAGACAGUCUGAUCCGAAAAGAAAGCAAAAUGUUUUACACUUAAUUUCUCAUUGUAGACUAGUUAUAAUAAAGGAAACCAAUGAUAUUUACUAUUGAGUAGACUUUUACCAUUUAUAUAUAAUGUUUACUCUAAGGAAUUAUCUGAUCAUCAGAAAAUUUAAUUUAAAAAUAAAAACAUAAACCUAA